ACCUAUGUUCAGCUUUCUCGCCGCUCGUGAGUCUAAUUUCUCUCUAAGCCUAAAGUGAAAUGUAGUUCCACGACCUGAUACUACUUUCUAGAUCCUCAACCGCAACAUCAAAAGAGGCCUAUCUAAACCUCGAACUCCGUCCGCGAAAGGAACUCUACUAUGAGAACGAAACAACGGCCUCAUUCAUCGUGGACACCUCGGUCAACUACGAACAGCGAGGUGAUCCGUUUUCCAACAGAACUUUCAUCCCCGGCCGCAUCGAUGCCGUACCCUUCACAACGAUGAAAAUCCAAAUCACAAAUUCUCUAGACAGCACGACGCUAGUACCUUGGUCAGAUAUCACAGUCAACUCCAUGAGCAACGAGUUCGCCUUCAAUCUGUCUUCUCUCGCUCCGAAGACGUCGGCAUAUCCUGUCAAUAUCAUAGGCGUUUCCCCAGACGGUAUUCAGUCGUACUACGCUACUUCUUCAAUCACGGUUCUGCUAGCUGGUAAUGAUACUAUACCCGAACAGCAGAUAAGGACGAUCCAUCACUAAAUCUCAUUGGGGGUGUGGUUGAAUUGUAGAAUGCUAAGACGGUUCGCAUAUUGAACAUUACAAAAGUCGGA